CAGCAAUGUUUCUCAAAACCCCAACAUUACUUUCUUUAAAGCUUGCCUCGAAAUGGCUUCUCAAACAUCUUCACUAAUGCUUGUUUUGUUUGUUCUGCUCCACAUGGUGCUGUGCACCGUUGAAUCUAAGCCUACCACUGAAAUUUUCCGACGUCUAGUGGGAUGCCGCAAAGGUCACACCGUCCAAGGGGUUUACGAGCUCAAGCAGUUUGUCAAGAAGCUCGGGUACUUGAAUUACGAUGGAGGCAAACAUGGGAAGGAUAACGAGUUCGACGACGAUUUGGAGGCUGCUAUCAAAGCAUACCAAGUUAACUAUCAGUUGAAUAUCACAGGCAUUCUAGAUGAUGAUACUUUGAAACAAAUGAUGAAGCCAAGAUGUGGCAUUGCUGAUAUGAUCAUCCAUGGAGAUAAAAAUUCCAAGUCCUUCUAUCGAAUCGGAGCCUCUCAAUACGAAUUCUUUAUGGGAAAUCCGAAAUGGCCACUCUCAAAGACUCAUCUAACCUACAACUUUCGGUCCAGUGUCGAUGUCUACCUUGCUGAAGACAUAAGGUCUGUUUGUUUCCGAGCUUUUGAACGGUGGGCAAAUGUGAGCCACUUUACUUUCGAGGAAAUACCGGAAGACUACAUCGCUGAUAUUGAAAUUGGCUUCCAUAGUGGCGAUCAUGGAGAUGGCUACCCCUUCGAUGGUCCACAAGGGACUCUGGCUCAUGCAAGUCCACCAACUGGUGGGAAGUUACACUAUGAUGCUGAUGAAAAUUGGAGCACUAGCCCUGGUCCUGAUGAUAUUGACUUGGAAUCUGUCACCGUGCACGAAAUUGGCCAUCUUCUCGGGCUGCAACACAGCUUGGUCCCUGAUGCAGUCAUGUAUGCAUACUUCGACUCUGGUAUUACGAAGAGGAGGUUAAACAGGGAUGACGUUCACGGUAUUCGUGCCUUGUAUGACUGAAAAAACACUACAUAAUAGCUAUGAAUGUCCGCAUAUCAUCUACAUUAUCUUAGCUGGGUUCAUAUGUUCCACAUUUUCUGUUCAAUCAGAACAUUUGUAAGCAUCAAUUUGGUUUAUCAAUGAAGAUUAAACACCAAUAAAAAUUGAUACUUACAAGCA